UAGUAUAUGUAGUGCUUUCCGACUUUAUCCUGACCUUAAACGGUUGAUGUUGGUCAAAAUGUGUAAUAUUUGAAUUAAAUUAAGUGGACAUGUUUUUUACACAAAAUGUGGUUUAUCGCUGAAUAUGAAUUAAAUUGGUCUGGACGCUUGAGCUAAACUGCGUAUAGUACUCGUAUAUCAUAUAUGUCACUUAAAGUGUUGGAAGCCGAAACAAAGCACAAACCCGAAACUACCGAAUGCGAAUCGACUGAAUCUUUUGAUCCUUAUACCUGUUCCUUAAGUCCAGCGCUGAAAUUGAUAGCAAAAGAAGAAUUACACGAAGAUGAUAACAUACGCCACCAAGCACUACAUCAGUUUCGUGAAUGGAUAUCGAAACACCCGCGCAUCAAAAAGUGCCGCACAGAUACUCUUUUCCUACUACGAUUUUUAAGAACAAAAAAGUUCUCCGUUCCGGAUGCAUGUGAAAUGCUUGAACGCUAUUUAACUAUACGUCAAUUAUUCCCACAAUGGUUUUCAAACCUUGAUAUUUUAGACCCAACUAUCAGCGAAAUUUUCGAUAACGGGUACCUAGUACCCUUGCCACAAAGGGAUGAUGACGGCAGACAAAUAAUACUAUCGGUGGCAAAAAAUUUUGAUCCAUACAAAUACACUUCUGUUCAGAUGGCGCGUGUGCAUUCACUGAUAUGUGAAGGUUUAUUAGAUGAUGAGCCGUCACAAGUGGCUGGCUAUGUAUAUAUUAACGAUGAAAGUGGGAUAAAUAUGGGAUUUGCGAGUCUUUGGUCUCUGUCAGAUUUAAGAAAUAUGGUAAAAUGUAUACAAAAUUCUACUCCAAUGCGUCAUAAAGCAACACAUUUUGUUAAUAUCCCACACUUUGCAAAUCGUAUUAUCGAAUUAGGAGUAUCAUUACUUAGCGAAAAACUAAAAAACCGUAUAACUAUACACAAAUCGGUGGAUGCAUUGAAAGAGAGAGUUAAACCCGAGAUUCUUCCAAAGGAAUAUGGGGGUAGCAUUCCCAUGGCUGAUAUUAUAAAGGACUUUAAAUUGAAACUCAUCCAAAAACGAGAUUCUAUAUUAGCUCUUGAUGAAAUGUGCAUUGAAUUAACUAAAGACUAUAACAGCCCCUCAGUAAAGAUUAUUAGCGACAUUGAUACUGGAGUUAUAGGAAGUUUCCGAAAGCUGGAGGUUGAUUGAACAACAAAGCGCUCAAUAUUGUUAAUUAUUGUAGAGACCACAAAUAUAUUUGGUAUCAGUUUGAUUUUAUGAUAAGUUAUAUUUUAUAUUUUAAUAAGUUUUUGUUGAAAAUAAAUGAUAAAACAAUUUUGUAGUGCAUAACUUGA